AUGCCUCCCCCUCGGAAUCUGCGAGCCUUUCUGGCGCUUGCUCGGAAGAGCUUGACAGCGCCGGCAGCCCAACGUCAGGCGCCUUUGACGUUUGUCGUUGGCAAUGAAUCUGCUGACCUCGACUCCCUCUGCUCGGCCGUCGUCUUCGCCUACCUCCGCAGCCACGCUCAGCCCAAGUACACAUUGCAUAUCCCGCUGGCCAAUAUCCCCCGCGAAGAUCUGCCGCUGCGGCCCGAGCUCGCCAAAGCCCUCAGUUAUGCUGGCGUCAAGACGGAGGAUCUGCUCACGCUAUCAGACCUCGAGGAGGUGGUGAAGAGCCACGGCCUGGAGCCGCAAGAUACUCGCUGGCUGCUGGUGGACCACAAUGCCCUGACCGGCACGCUUGCAGAGCGCUUCGGCUCGCGGGUGGUCGGGUGCGUUGAUCACCACGAGGACGAGGGUGCAGUCGCCCAGGACACAGGCGAUGAGCCGCGUGUGCUACGGAAGACGGGUAGCUGCAUGAGCCUUGUGGUAGAACACUGCCAGGACGCCUGGGACGCGCUCUCCAAGGCCAACAGCCGCGAGGAUGGUGACGGCGAUCUGGAUUCCCACCUUGCUCGCGUCGCGCUGGCUCCCAUAAUAAUAGACACAAACAACCUCAAGUCAAAGGCCAAGACAACACCCACGGAUGUCAAGGUCGCUGAAAUGUUGGAGGGUAAGAUUAAAGAUGUUAAGGAGGACUUCGACAGGAAGAAGUAUUACAAGAAGCUUAGUAAGCUCAAGGAGGACAUCUCGCAGUUUUCCUUCCGCGACAACUUUCGCAAGGACUUCAAGUCUUGGACCGAGGCUGGCUUGGUUCUGGGGACGUCCAGCAUUCCUCAAGGUUUCAAAUAUAUGCUCGAGAACAUCGGAGACAAGGAGACACUCCUGCACGAGUUCCGCACCUUUGCGCGGGAAAAGGGACUAGACAUUGGGAGCAUAAUGACUUCCUCAGCCAAGGACGAUGGUAUCUUCAAGAGGAACUUGCUUGUAUGGGCUUUCAAUGAGAAAGCUGUCAGGGCCGUGGAGAAGUUCGUCGAGGUGCAGAAGGACAACCUUGGGCUUGAGCCAUUCCACCACUCCGAUCUAAGCGGCGGAGAUGGCCAGCACGAGAAACGGUACUGCUGGAUUCAACACCAGACCGGAAACAGCCGGAAGCAGUUGGCCCCGAUGUUGAGAUCUGCCAUGGCGGAAGCAGCGAAGCUCUGA